AGGAGACGAAAAAUAUAGCGGAGGAGAUGAUAUGGAAGAUGGGUAUCGUGGCUUUGAUAUGGAAAACUCGGAGAGUCCUUUAAAAGAACACAGCCCUGUUCAUUCUCUCGAGAAUUUAGCGGUUGACGGGCAUGAAAGGGAGGUUCUUUAUUACAAUAGGAGAGGAGUCAGGGGUAAUAGGGAAGUGAAUGAUGGGGUGGAGUUGUCUGGGCCGUCUGAUAAUGAUGUAAGGGAUUGGAAUAGGAGUGGGAGUGAAGAUGGAGUGAGGAUUUGGUUGAAUAGUUUAGGGUUGGGGAGAUACGCACCAGUUUUUGAGAUACAUGAGGUAGAUGAUGAGGUAUUGCCAAUGUUGACAUUGGAGGAUUUAAAGGAUAUGGGGAUAAAUGCUGUAGGGUCGAGGAGGAAGAUGUAUUGCGCGAUACAGAAGCUGGGAAAAGGGUUUUCGUGAAGUUUUGGUUGGUGGGAUUGUAGUAUUUGAGGAAAUAUUUAGUUGUCAGCCAUGGCAAUGUAAGGUGCAAUGCAAUGUCUGAACUACUUUGAGCUUUUUAGGUUUUUUUUUCCUAAUGUGGUUCUAGUAGUAGUUUUUUUUUUUUGGAAUAGUCGGCUCAUUUCUUAGUGGUUUUAAUUGUGCUCUAUAUAAAUGUUUUAAUCCAGUGCAAUUUUCUAGUAUAUAGUA